GUGAACUCUUAUCAGGAGUCUUUCACAUAAGAUGCCGCUGGCCGUUAUCGCGUCGUUGUAGCUUCGUCUCCAAUGCUUGCUCCACUCGCAGCGCUCUUGUCGCUCACCGUGCCCUCGAUCUCCGCCCACUCACAUGCCGCGCCAGCGACCCCCGUGGACGUCUCGACCGAGGCGUGGUUCACGAAAUACGGCGCGCAGGACGACCUAGGCUACACCGGCCCGCUGAGCUUCAACCACCUCCCGUACGCGCGGUGCCUCGAGGACGCGUCACGCGCGUUCGACAUCGCGCUCCUCGGGAUGCCGUUCGACACGACCACGUCGUACCGCCCCGGCGCGCGCUUCGGGCCGCAAGCCAUCCGCGUCGGGAGCGGAAGUAACGGGUACACGCUCGCGUGGGAUCACAGCGCGCUAGACUGGGGUGCACGGAUCAUGGAUUGCGGCGAUGUGCCGACGACGAUGAUGGACAACGCAAUGGCGAUCGACCAGAUGGAGGUCGCGUACAGUACGCUCCUCGGGCGCCCGGUCAGCGGGGAGACCAAGGCCAGCACGGCCGCGCUGUCCAAAGACGGCCAGGAGCAUCCGCGCAUCGUCACACUUGGCGGGGACCACACCAUCGUCCUCCCGAUCCUCCGCGCGCUCUACAAAGUGUACGGGCCUAUCUCUGUGAUCCACUUUGACGCGCACUACGACACGGCGGCCGUCGAGCACAUCCAGGGCCCGGGGCGCAUCAGCCACGGCUCGUACUUCACGCUCGCGCACGAGGAGGGCCUGCUCACGAACACGAGCAUCCACGGCGGGAUCCGCCAAAAGUCGAGCGGAUGCAGCAGGGCAAGGUGGUUAUUGAGCACGACGAGGCAGUCGGUUCGCCGUGAUCUCGGCGGAGGACCUGGACGACUACGGGAUCGAGGCUGUCAUCCGAAAGAUCAGGGAACGCGUCGGCAACACCCGGUGUACCUGAGCCUCGACAUCGACACACGAAUCGACCCGGGAUGGCCCCCGCCAGUACCGGGCACCCCCGAGAUCGGUGGCUGGACGACACGGGAGAUGAAGCGCAUCAUCCGCGGCCUGGCAGGGCUCAACUUUGUCGGGGCAGACGUCGUGGAAGUCGCCCCGGCAUACGACAUCGCCGAGAUUACAUCCCGAGCGGCGGCCGGACUGGUGUCCGAUUUUCUGGUCAUGAUGCAGGCCGAUGAGCCCCCGCGACCGCACGCGGGGCCGUUCCUAGAAUUGUGGAACUAGAGACACGUGUGAUUCAUAGAGGAGGCGUCAACUUGAAUACGUGGGGAUGUACGGCCCGUCCCAGCACCGGAACCCGACGUCCCCCGGCGUCACGCUGGCGUUGUACAUUACCGUCGGCCGCUCGGACGGCGCGUCCGGUACGACUGCGAUCCCCGUCGCCGAGAGGUUAGUCGCCGACCCCGCGUGGAGGCUGUCGAAGAUGAUGGACUGGGUGCCGUCUGCGCCGGCGACGUGGUACCAGCACGGAUCCGAUAUGCACGAGCCGUCGCCUGGUCAGGAGCAGAUGAGAUAAGAUAGGGGAAGAUAAAUCCGACAGACCUGGGUUCAGCGAGUUGAUUGUGCCCGCAAAGUCCUGGAACGUCAAUCCAUCGAUCUGGACUGAGAGGUGGACGGCGGGGGUGGCGACUGGCUCUGGUCAAAGUAACUGCCGGCGCAUGCAGUCAGCGCUAGCACACGCCAUGUUGCCGGGACUGACUUUUGAGUGACGUAGAUGGGGAACGUGAUGUUGCGCACGACGACGUUCCGGUACACGAUGUUGCUCGCACGGCCCUGGUUGCCACUCGUCGAUCUGGGUCGCGUCAGCUUCACAUUGGAGCGCAGAUCGCACCCACUUGUACCGCGCGCCAUACAACCCAUCCAAGAGCGUGACAUUUUCGACGAGGAUGUUCGCGACGUUGACGGACCCCCCACCCUUCGCGGCCACGGAUAUCCUGGGACCCAAUGCACGUGAGGCCCUUGAGGUGCAGAUUCGUGCACGGUGAGCCGAUGGCGACGCAGUCGUCGCCGUUCGAGACCUGCGAGUUGAGGAUGGUAUUGCCGUCUCCGCCGAC